UAAAAUAGUCCCUAUUUAGUUCUUUUGUCCGAUAAGAUGGCGCUAAGCAUCAUGCCAUAAGCAAAAAUUUGGAAAGAAGACUUUCUGGAUCUUUUUUUGUGAUUUUUUUUAUAUUUUCAGAGCAAUUUAGAUUCACUUUUAAAUCGUUUUUGUUUACAGUGUAUUUAUAAUUGUAAGAAGGUUAAUAUGGCUAAAAGUCACAAAGAUUGGAAUCUGGCGUGUAAAGUGUAUAUUGGUAAUUUGAGUGAAAAUACUUCUAGAGCUGAAGUGGAAAAUGCAUUUGCUUGGUAUGGGCCUUUGAAAAAUGUUUGGGUAGCAAGAAACCCUCCCGGAUUUGCUUUUGUUGAAUUUGAGGAUAGUAGAGAUGCUGAAGAUGCUUGCCGUGGACUGGAUGGAACUAGAAUCGGUCCCUCAAGGGUUAGAGUAGAAAUGUCACAUGGCAAGUCCAGACGUGGAGGUCCGCCUGGUGCCCGCCGUCGUGGUGGCGGUGGAGGUAGAGGCAUUCCAUUUGAAAGAGACGGCCAUGACGCUAGAGAUGGUAGAGAAAUAAGAGAACGACGUGAUCAUGGAGCUGAACCUAAAAGACGCAGAGAAGAACCAUAUCGUAAACCACGGUCUGUUAGUCGAUCCCCAUCAAGAUCAUUUUCCCGAUCUCGAUCAAGAUCACCAGCAGUUAGACGUAAAGGAACAGCUAGACAUGUUCGAUCAAUUUCGAGAGAACGACGACGAUCUCCACCUCCUGGAUCACCAUCUCCUGUCUACCGAUCACCGCGCUCCAAUCGAUCUCCACAAUCACCAAGAUCGCCAAGGUCUCCCCGGUCUCCGAGAUCACGAAUAUGAUUCUAAUCAAAUGUCAACAUUUCGCGUCAAUCUUCCCAUUGUGCUACUUUCUCUUUCUUCUCAACUUCAAUCAACCUGUGAAUCCUUGAUUGAAUUUAGUAGAAAUUUUUUUUUCUACUCAAAUCACAUUUAAUCACAAUUAUGCUUAUAAUUACGAUUAACCUUUUUUCAUUUUUUCCUUCCAUAGGUAAAGUCUCACUUUUCUGUUCAUUUUAAAUUGAUCACGAAUAAACAUGAUAAACACUCGACUAUCAUGCUGACAUAAA